UCAGAGUGGCAUCUACAGGGGUCACCAAACCGAGCUUAACUUCACGUUGACAUGAAUUAACUGCAUGCGCAGGACCAGGACUGUCAUUUAGACUCACUUUACCGGCGGGACCGCGCGUGGUUCAUCUUUACCUGAUGCUGCGUAAAAGUGGACCGUGGAAACCGCUGCACGCGCUCUGAAGAAAUCGCGUCAGAGGAUACCGCUCAGUGUGAUUUUACAAACUCUUUGAGCACUUGCGCUUGUUCUUACGCGGAGGCAAGAACUGUUGAUCCGGACAGACCUGCUUCUCAUCCAAAUGGAUGCGCAAUAAUGGAUUAAUGCAACUUUUCCGCGCAGUUCCCCUGACCUGACAAACCCCUCCUGAGGAUUUUAUCCCGGCAACCUUUACCUGAUUGUGUCCUCUCUUCCUCUCAAGAUGUCAUCGGAGUAUUUGAUAAGGUCACUGCUUAUGCUCUUUCUAGCACUCUUCUCCGCCAACGCGAGCAACUGGCUAUACCUGGCAAAGCUGUCCUCAGUGGGGAGCAUCUCUGAUGAAGAAACCUGUGAGAAGCUCCGAGGACUCAUCCAGAGGCAGGUGCAGAUCUGCAAGCGGAACGUGGAGGUGAUGGACGCGGUCCGCAGGGGAGCCCAGCUCGCCAUCGACGAGUGCCAGUUUCAGUUCCGCAACCGCCGCUGGAACUGCUCCACGCUGGAGAGUGUCCCUGUGUUCGGGAAAGUGGUCACACAAGGUACCAGAGAAGCUGCGUUUGUGUACGCUCUAUCUGCUGCUAGCGUAGCCUUCGCAGUGACCAGAGCCUGCAGCAGUGGAGAGCUGGACAAGUGUGGCUGUGACCGCAAUGUGCACGGUGUCAGUCCAGAAGGUUUCCAGUGGUCAGGAUGCUCAGAUAAUAUUGCAUAUGGGGUUGCUUUUUCCACGUCGUUUGUGGACAUCAGGGAACGAAGUAAAGGCCAGUCCUCCAACAGAGCCCUAAUGAACCUUCACAAUAAUGAGGCAGGGAGGAAGGCGAUUCUGAACCACAUGCGAGUGGAAUGCAAGUGCCACGGUGUUUCGGGCUCCUGCGAGGUGAAGACCUGCUGGAAAGCGAUGCCGCCGUUCCGCAAAGUGGGCAACGUCAUCAAGGAGAAAUUCGACGGCGCCACAGAAGUGGAGCUGCGGAAAGUGGGCACCACCAAGGUCCUGGUUCCACGAAACUCGCAGUUCAAGCCGCACACGGACGAAGAUCUGGUGUACCUGGACCCGAGCCCAGACUUCUGCGAGCACGACCCCAGAACGCCGGGCAUCAUGGGAACCGCGGGGCGCUUUUGCAACAAGACCUCGAAGGCCAUCGACGGCUGCGAGCUCAUGUGCUGCGGUCGCGGCUUCCACACCGAGGAGGUGGAGGUGGUCGACCGCUGCAGCUGCAAGUUCCACUGGUGCUGCUACGUCAAGUGCAAACAGUGUCGCAAGAUGGUGGAGAUGCACACGUGCCGGUGAUCCAGGUGGCACGACUUCCCCUCAACACGCACAGGGAGACUAGGCAAAUCCACACAAGGGAAGACAGAGACAUUCCCAAGCAACAAAAGAGGAACAUGUCAUACAUGAGACUAUACAUAUCCGACGUCCCAAUUGAGAGUAUUUUUCUCUCUCCUCGUUCUGUUUUUAAUUGCAGUUGCUCUCUUAUUUUUAUAUAUAUAUAUAUGUAUAUUUUUUAACUUAUUGCAAUCGAAUAGAGAGUGAAUUUUUAAUGUGACGCGCACCAGAGGAGUGCCAUUGGGAACGGGGUUACCGACAGAUGUUGACCCGGCAGGAUAUGGAGAAAGGUCAAUGUUUUAAAAGCUGCUGCUUUAGGGCUUCAUCUUGAAAGAUGGGAACUAUCGAAACACUACGCGCCGAGACGCGCUCCGGGCGUACGUGUACUUUCCAUACUCGUUGCCAUUCGUUCCUGUGAUGCUGCUUGAAUUCAAGAAUCACUCACCGAUAGCGUAUACAGCUGAGUGUUAAAGCGAGCCCUGCUCCGAACCAACUCCGAACCGGGCGGAGUGGAAAUAUCACAAGUGUUAACGAGCCGUUCAAAAGGAGCGCUUUGAAAAUAAAGUCGUAGCUAGUGGCGCAGACUGAUCGUUGGUGCUGAGCUGCAACCAUGCAUCUGGCGCAAAACUGACAAACAUAAAUUGUUUACCCGCUUGGACCGACCAUGGAUUCUGUGCACGACGACUCUAGCACUUUUCCUCUCCAGACGCACAUACCACAAAUAAACAAAUCCCCCAGCAUUCCCUGCUCCAUUAGUCAGACUGAUUAUUUAUGGCGACUAUGUACGAUACCAUAACUCCAAGCUUCUCUAUAGUACAACUUGCUAUCCAGUAUGCUUUUAAAAGAAACAUAGGUUUGUAAAGACUUAUACACUGAAGAGGACUUUAUUUCAUAUGAAUGUAUGUUAAAAUGAAAUAUAUGCUGUGUCAAAGACUGA